UAUUGCUGUGAGCUUCCCAGCAUUUUUAAUAUUCACCCAUCUUCUUACUGUUCAAUUGAAUUAAGUUCUAAUUGUAAUAACAAUGAGUAAUCUGGCGAGACGACCACUGCAUAGUAACGAAUCGGGGGCUCUUUCCCAGUCUGAGGACGAUGUGGACCAGGAGCACUCGUAUAACAAGCAGCCGGCACAAAGCUACGAGGAGGGGACAUCUUCGGCCGACGAACUGGAAGAAAGUGAAUCCCAUGACGAACCCGGUACUCCCAAACCCACCGAUCAGUCCAGAAGACGCAGUAUUUCAACUUCCAGGCCGAGUUCAAGGCAGGAACAUCACGGUUCCAUCAAUGAACCUCACAACAGCAUCGGUAUUAAACUAGCACUUGCCGGUGUUCUACUUGGUUUAAUGGUUGUCUACGGGUACGGAUCCAGCAUUAUAGAGGAGAAACAGUGUGGCUUUAAGGAUCUCAGGGCAAAGUAUCCCCAGCAGCAGGAAAAAGUGUGGAGAGCCCUGCAAAAGGGGAUCGAGGGGCUGAUUAACAAAAGGGACAAGCACCCCAGUGUAUUUUUGUUCCUGCAUCAGGAUCCCGAGCUGCAGAAACUGAUCGAUGAAAUUGCCGUUGAGGCUUCAAUGUGCUUUGGUGGUCCUCGAAAGCUGAUUCACAUGAAUAAGGAGCACAUGAAGGAAUACGGUUUGGCGAUUGAACAAUUCAAAUCAAAAAUCAACGAUGGAAAGGUCUUUUUAAUAGUGAACCUCAAUGAAAUUGCGCCGAAUGGAGCCCGAGCCCUGCACACAAUCUGCGAUACCUACAGCCCUCUGUUGGAUGAUGCAGUCAUCUUCCUUUCCCUUCGAACAUUCAACACAACCGCCGUGAACAACUCCGUCAAGCUAGCCACGGAUACUCUAUACGAUCUGUGGGACCAGGAGUUGGGGGAACACGAGCUGGAUCCUUUAAUUACUCGAGUUACCGAUCAGGUGCUCCAUUUGAGUUAGACUCAACUACACUAUUAAAAAUCUUAUUACCACUCCCAGGCCUAAAUAUUGGGCUAACAAAGCUUAUAAAGCAAUAAAUGAAGAGCAUUUUGUUGGCUCUCGAUGAUAAA